GAAUCUUCAAAGCGAAGCUAAACAAAAAAAAGGAAGAAAAAAGUGAUGGCUUCCAAUGGUUAUAGAAAUGGUACGAACAAGGGAGCUAUUAAGCCUAUAUCUUCAUCUAAUGCCAGAUCAUCUUCGUUCAAAUCAAGACUUCCUCCUUCGUCCAAUCACUCUUCCGGAUCUGCUCUUCGCCGGACUAGCUCUGCCUCUUUCUCCUCCGGCGCUGGAGGGGACGGCGUGCCGGGAAGAGUUCGUGUAGCCGUCAGAUUAAGGCCACGGAAUGCGGAAGAGUCGAUCGCCGAUGCUGAUUUUGCCGAUUGUGUUGAACUACAGCCCGAGUUUAAGAGGCUUAAACUUAGGAAGAACAAUUGGGAAUCAGAAACAUACGAGUUUGAUGAAGUGCUUACGGAAUUUGCCUCUCAAAAACGUGUCUACGAAGUUGUUGCAAAGCCUGUUGUGGAGAGUGUUCUGGAUGGUUAUAAUGGUACAGUUAUGGCAUAUGGUCAGACUGGAACUGGCAAAACUUUUACUCUUGGACAAUUGGGUGAGGAAGAUACCUCUGCUCGUGGAAUAAUGGUUCGCUCAAUGGAGGAGAUUUUAACUAAUGUUUCUCCAGGAACAGAUUCUGUCUCUGUUUCUUAUCUGCAGCUUUACAUGGAGACCAUCCAUGAUCUCCUUGAUCCAGCGAAUGAUAAUAUUUCCAUUGUGGAAGAUCCCAGAACUGGAGACGUUUCAUUGCCGGGGGCAACUCAUGUAGAAAUCAGGGAUGAACAGAGUGUUUUGGAGCUAUUGAAGUUAGGGGAGGCUCAUCGAAUUGCUGCAAAUACAAAGUUGAAUACUGAAUCUUCUCGCAGUCAUGCUAUUUUGAUGGUACAUAUUAAGAGGUCAGUCAUAGGAGAAGAAGCUUCCAAUCCAAGUGAAACAGAGAAGUCUUCUCACUUUGCCAAACCUCCAAAGCCUCUUGUCCGGAAAAGCAAACUGGUUUUGGUAGAUUUGGCAGGCUCAGAGCGCGUCCAAAAGUCAGGAAGCGAGGGUCACAUGUUGGAGGAAGCUAAGUCUAUUAACUUGUCACUGAGUGCUUUGGGAAAGUGUAUUAAUGCUUUAGCUGAGAAUAGUUCUCAUGUGCCCAUUCGUGAUUCAAAACUUACAAGGCUGCUCAGAGAUUCAUUUGGAGGCACUGCCCGAACCUCAUUAAUUGUGACCAUUGGCCCCUCCCCACGACAUCGAGGAGAGACUGCAAGUACAAUUUUGUUUGGCCAAAGGGCAAUGAAGGUGGAAAAUAUGUUGAAAAUAAAGGAAGAGUUUGAUUAUAAAAGUUUGGCUAGAAAGCUUGAAAUACAUAUGGACAAGCUAAUUGCAGAAAAUGAAAGGCAACAGAAAGCUUUUGAUGAUGAAGUUGAAAGAACAAACUUAGAAGCUGAAAAACGUGUCUCUGAGGCUGAAAGAAAUUUCACGGAUGCCUUAGAGAAGGAACGACUAAAGUGCCAGAUGGAAUAUAUGGGAUCAGUUAAGAUGCUGGAGGAAAAGAUGAUAGAAAAUCAACGGAAGUGUGGGUGUGGUGGCUUAACGAUGGAUAAAUGUAAUGGAGAGGGGCCUGGUUCCUCAAUUGGCGAGGACAUUGGUGAGGUGAAAAAAAUGCUAGAGAAAGAAACUCACAUGCGAAAGGAAGCUGAAAAGGAGGUUGACAAACUUAGGAGUCAAUUAGGGCAGUGUACAGAUGCAGGGGCAGGUGUAGAUGCUGAAAUCUUAAAGCUCCAGAUAGCUCUGGAGGAUGAGGUUCUUCAAAAAAGGAAGCUUGAAGAAGAAAUUGUAGUACUACGAAGUCAGAUGUUACAACUUACUUUUGAAGCUGAUCAGAUGAGAAGGUGUCUUUCUGGAGGUGGACCUGGAAAUGCUUAUACUGGUUUAGACUCUCCAAUGUCUCAAGUUAGUGAUAAUGGACAUAAGACACCAGUUUCUGCAUUGUUCGAUCAAGCAGUUGGAGUGCAAAAGGUCUUGGAUUUGCUUGAGUCAGAAGAUGCAAAUGUACGCAUUCAUGCUGUAAAGGUUGUGGCCAACCUAGCAGCUGAAGAAGCAAACCAGGAAAGGAUUGUUGAAGCUGGUGGUCUUACUUCCUUGCUAACACUUCUAAGAAGCUACGAGGAUGAAACUGUUCGCAGAGUAGCAGCUGGUGCAAUUGCCAAUCUCGCAAUGAAUGAAGCCAAUCAAGAACUGAUAAUGCUUCAAGGGGGAAUCAGUUUAUUGUCUAUUACAGCAUCCGAUGCUGAGGAUCCCCGGACUCUACGCAUGGUUGCUGGAGCUAUAGCUAACCUGUGUGGGAAUGAUAAACUGCAAGCAAUGCUGAGGUCUGAAGGUGGAAUUAAGGCAUUGCUGGGAAUGGUAAGAUGCGGACAUCCUGAUGUUCUUUCUCAAAUUGCACGUGGAAUUGCCAACUUCGCAAAAUGUGAAUCCCGUGCAUCUAGUAAUGGUAUAAGAAGUGGGAAAUCACUUCUCAUUGAUGAAGGCGCACUUCCAUGGAUUGUGCAAAAUGCUACCAACGAUGCUGCACCUAUUAGGCGACACAUUGAGCUCGCACUGUGUCAUUUGGCACAGCAUGAAGUAAAUGAAAAGGACAUGAUAAAUGGAGGUGCCCUCUGGGAGCUGGUUCGCAUAACAAGGGACUGUUCUCGUGAGGACAUCAGGAGUCUUGCUCGCCGAACACUGAAUUCAAGCCCCGUAUUACGAGCUGAAAUGAGGCGGCUAAGGAUAGAGUUGUGAAUUGUGAUCGAGGUAAAGUUUUGGGCCUAACGUGUUCUAAAAGUGAUGCUAGGAAAGCAAACAUAUCUCGCCUCUGUAUAGUCGUCGAGGUUGAGAGAUUAAUGUAAUAUUCUCAGCUCUGAAAGAGCAUCCACAGCAAAAAUCAACGGUGGUUUGCAAUACUAUUUAUUUAUUUCUAGGUUAUUCGUUGAAGUUCCUUCAGGUGAAAGGGAUGGCGAUCAAAUUUUCGUCUUGUUGAAAGGGGAGCUCAUUGAUUGUGUGUUUAGAAUUAAACUACUCGUUAUUCAUUCUUUAUUUCCCAUCUCUAGUUUCGCCAAAUGCAGUAAACUGAAUUGAGCAAAUGAUUUACAACACCAAGAGGCGGUGGUACCGGAGUCUCACUGCCGGCACUAUUCCACAUUAAAUCGGACGAGCUAGUAGAUUAUAGUGCCACUGACCACGUAAUUUGACGGGGGUGAAGAAGACACUAGUUGAUUUGUAUUAGCGAGAGUCCAGUGAUGGUAAGACCCUUCCACGAUUGAGGGCUGAUGAAAGAUCAAAGCAAGAACCAUUGGUGGGUUAAGUUUACGGAAGCAAGGGAGAGGAAAAUCUGUAGGGAGAUAGGAUGGGUUUAGAGGAAAGACUGGGGACCUUU